UUCUACUUUUUGAAACUUGGAAAAGUGAGCCUUUUGAUCAAUCAUUGCAUAAAACCCAUGAAGGGUAUGAACAAAUUUCUUGCCCUUUGUUUGAAUCCAUUUCUUCUGGAUCCAUCUUCUUACUGAAUUAAAUUCAAUCGAGUAUUGUGAUAACACAAAAUCUUCGAAUUCAAGGGAUCUUCAAUUCUAUGGCUAAUACUCAAAACCCCACCAAACCGAUUUCAUCUUUUCUUGGUUCUCCAAGGCUAUUCAAUGUCUUCAUGGCAAAAACCCUUUCUGAUGCAGAAUCAUCACCAACCUCAGUUCUUGACACCAAGCAAUUCUUCACGACUUUCAGAAGUAACCCAUUUCAGUUCAAACAAAGCCCAGAAAAAUCCAGAAAGAUCUCUGAAGAAAUCAAAAACCCAUUUGAGAAAUUUGAAUGUGAAAAUGGAAUUGCUCUUGCUCUUCUUCAAGAGAACCCUAAUAAUACGAUACACAAACCUAAUUCCAUCAGCCGAAAGGUUCUGUUUGGAUCAAACCUCAGGAUUCAAAUCCCGUCACACUCUGAAGAUCCUUGUGAUUUUGGGAUCAAGUCCAGGAAUUUGCAGUCGCCGGGCCGGGUAACCACAAAUGGACCCGGAUCUUCUCGAGCUUCUAUGGAUGCUUUGUCUUUGAGUGAGAUGGAGCUCUCAGAGGAGUAUACAAGAGUAAUCUCAUAUGGGUCUAACCCAAAAAUCACCCAUAUUUACGAUAAUUGUGUUGUGGGCAGUUGUUGUAAUGCUUUUCAUUCGGAUCAUGGCCCGAAAUCGAAACGGCAGAGCUUUUUAAGCUUUUGUUAUACCUGCAAGAAGAAUUUUGAAGAGAAUAGCGACAUUUUCAUGUACAGGGGUGAGAAAGGGUUUUGCAGUGAAGAAUGCAGAUGCCAAGAAAUGAUUAUGGAUGAAUUGAUGAACUCAGAGCAACUGUGUCAAUGACUACUUUACCCUUCUAACUUUAUCUUAUGGAGGUGGAUGCAAAUCAUGCAAUGUUGUAGUUUCUUCGAUAACGAUGAAGAUCAAUUAAGUCGAUAGCUUGUAAUAUCUUUUGUAAUGUCUUUGAAGGAGUAAAUAGCUCUCUUGAGUUGAAUAAAAUGCAAAAAUAUUA